AUGAAUUAAACGCCCACUGGUCUCAGUUAGAUAUAAACGGCUGGUGAAUUCCAAGCCAGCAGGGGGCGACACUUAAGCAUAUUCAGAUCGCUGCUUCGCCGGGCGGGAUUUCCGCAAUAAUAUCAAGUAUGGCGAAGACAUACGACUAUUUGUUUAAAUUACUGUUAAUCGGCGACUCUGGUGUCGGGAAGACCUGUGUGCUCUUCAGGUUUUCAGAAGACGCCUUCAACUCAACGUUUAUCUCAACUAUAGGCAUUGAUUUCAAGAUCAGGACAAUAGAGCUUGACGGCAAGAAGAUAAAGUUACAGAUAUGGGAUACAGCUGGACAGGAGCGCUUCCGAACAAUCACAACAGCCUACUACAGAGGAGCAAUGGGCAUCAUGCUUGUCUACGACAUCACCAACGAGAAGUCUUUUGAGAAUAUCAAGAACUGGAUAAGGAACAUAGAGGAGCAUGCAUCAUCUGAUGUUGAGAAGAUGGUCCUUGGCAACAAGUGUGACAUCAAUGACAAGAGGCAGGUGUCCAAAGACAGGGGAGAGAAGCUCGCAUUAGAGUAUGGGAUAAAAUUCAUGGAGACCAGUGCAAAGGCCAACAUCAACGUGGAAAAUGCAUUUUUGACACUCGCCAGAGACAUCAAAUCAAAAAUGGACACAAAAUUGGAGGGCAACAUGCCGCAGGGGAGCAGUCACGGAGUCAAGAUCUCAGAGCCUCAGAAAAAGACAAGCUUCUUCCGCUGUAGCCUACUCUGAGGACCGAGGCCUUCGAUACUGGCUGCCAGCUGGCUGGACAUAAAUGGACUGUGCUUGCUCUUAGCACUUCCUUCCCCUUUCUUCUUUCUACCCAUCCAUGGCCUGUCCUCCCAGUCCACACAAACCAUUAUAUUCCCAGUAAGCAGAGGACUUUUCCUCUCAUCUUCUGAAAGCUUCCAAUGGUGCAUCUCUUCCAUUAUAAGGAGAUCUGUUGUCUUCAUGGGUCAGAGUGCUUGACUGGUAGAGGACUUCACCAGGAGCAUUGUCCAGAUGUUUCUUAUCCCACAAAAGACAGGCUCUUACUUCUGAUGUUAGUCUCGUUGUACUACGCACUCAUAUUUCACGCAGCCGGUAGCCCAACCAAGGAUGA